GGUUAUGAUAUCGAUAGACAUAAACACACGAAAUGUUCACUCAAUUCACUACACGAUUGCAUAUGAAUUGCAAUCCUGUGGACAAUACUUGCGGUUAAAACACGUGUUGUUUCGCUUAUAAGCGUCGAUCGCAUAGUCCGAUGCCAUAGACAGCGCACGUGUUGUUGUGAUUUAGUGGACAUAAAACACACACAAUAUGCACACAAAUAUCAACACUUCAUAAACGCUUCAAUCAUUUGAAUGUUAUUUUCCACUCAAAGCUCAAUGAAAAACAAAGUUUUAUUUAUUUAACGCAAAGUUUUUUUUAAUUAUAAAUAUUGUAUUUUAAACUUAAAAUUAGUAUUUUUGUAAUUAUAACUCAUAAUCAGUGCUUUUCACACCAUAUUUGCAUAUAAUAUACACUAUUAUCUCAUCGGAUACCUCUUGUGGCCAAACGACAUCCAAUGACAUAUCAAUGGGUUUUAUAAUAGUCGACACUUUGGUUGUGUUCAUCACUCAGAUCUUAUUCUUCUGCAUCGGAUGGCUAUUCUUCGUGAAGCAACUGUUUCGCGACUACGAGAUCCAUCACCUCUUCGUUCAGAUCCAGUUUUGUGUCACGUUUUCGCUCUCGUGCUCUAUGUUUGAGUUAAUCAUCUUUGAAAUCGUCGGCAUUUUGGACACCAGUUCCCGUUACCUGCACUGGAAGAUCGGUAUAUACGCCAUGCUAUUCAUGCUAAUAGUGAUACUGCCCUUCAAUAUCGGGUAUUUCCUGAUCGCAAACCUCCGGUUCAUUCGCCGGCACUUCAUAAAGCCAUUGGCGGCCGCCGUUUGGCUGCUUUUCAUAUACUUAUUCUGGAAGAUCGGCGAUCCCUUUCCCAUCUUAAGCCCCAAACACGGCAUACUGUCCAUUGAACAGGGCAUCAGCCGCGUGGGGGUCAUAGGGGUCACACUGAUGGCCCUGUUGUCGGGUUUCGGUGCCGUUAUGUAUCCGUACACAUCGAUGGCCUGUUUCAUGCGCGCCGUCACUCCCGCCGACGUGUCAUCUCUGGAGCGAAAACUGUUGCAAACGCUGGACAUCAUCGCCAUGAAGAAGAAGAGGAUAGCGAUGAUCGAGAAGGAGAACGAAAGGAAGUCGGUGUCGUCGCCGGUGUCCAGCAUCUGGUCGAUGCUCAAGAGUGUCUCACUCCAGGGCCACGACGUGUCGCAACUGAAGCAGGAGUGCCGGACGCUGGAGGAGCUCUCCCGGCAGCUGUUCCUCGAGUUCGUCGAAUUGAAGACAAUGGAGGAGCGGAUCGUGUGGUCGAAGACUCUGAAAGGAAAAUAUUUCAAUUUUCUCGGAUACUUCUUCUCGAUGUACUGUAUUUGGAAGAUAUUUAUCUGUACGGUUAACAUAGUGUUCGAUAGGGUGGGAAAAGUAGAUCCCGUGACCCGCGGUCUACAAAUUGCCGUCAAUUGGGUGGGUCUUCAGGUGGACGUCAGGUUCUGGUCCCAACACAUCUCAUUCAUAUUAGUGGGCAUUAUUGUCAUCACUUCGAUCCGGGGUUUACUUAUCACACUCACCAAAUUCUUCUACGCGAUCUCAUCGUCCAAGUCAUCCAACAUAAUAGUGUUGGCUUUGGCGCAGAUAAUGGGCAUGUAUUUUGUCUCAUCCGUGGUAUUGAUCCGCAUGAAUAUGCCG